CGAAAGCACAAGGCAGGUUAUGCAGUCGACCUGACAGACAGUUGCUGUUCAGGUUACAACAAUUUCAGCUAAGAUAUGAGCAGUUUCAGAUUAAUGCUGAUGUUCUCUAAUAGCACAUCUAAGAUCAUUCGAGGCAGUACUCUCAUCUCACCAAAGAGGACCCUAUUUGUGACACGACAGGGUCUGUUCAGACGUCAGGAUGCUCCAGUACUCCGGUGUAUCCUAACCAGGUUUGGUCAACGGUCAAGUUCCACUGUUGCGGGAACCGAGAAAGGAGAAGACUCCUUCCUGAAGUGGUUUCUCUUGUUGAUACCUGCCACAACCUUUUGUCUUGGAACAUGGCAGUUGAAACGCAGAAAGUGGAAGUUGGAGCUGAUCCGUGAACUUCAGAGCCUGACGACUAAAGAGCCUAUCCCACUGCCCAUAGAUCCUAUGGAAAUUAAGCAGCUGCAAUACAGGCGAGUAAAGGUGCGUGGACACUUUGACCACUCUAAAGAGCUGUACGUCCUGCCCCGUUCCCCUGUGGACCCUGAGAGAGAGGCCCGGGAGGCAGGCAGGAUUUCCUCCAGCGGGCAGAGUGGAGCUAAUGUCAUUACACCAUUCUACUGUAGUGAUCUGGGGAUCACUAUCUUGGUGAACAGAGGUUAUGUACCAAAAGAUAAGAUCAGACCAGAAACCAGGAUGAAGGGACAGGUGAUUGAGGAUGUGGAUCUUGUUGGUGUGGUGCGUUUAACCGAGCAGCGGAAACCAUUCAUCCCUCAAAACAAUGUGGAGGCAAAUAGGUGGCACUAUCGUGACCUGGAGUCCAUGGCGAAGGUCACUGGUGCUGAGGAAAUCUUCAUUGAUGCUGUACUUGACAGCACAAUACCUGGUGGGCCAAUAGGAGGGCAGACAAGAGUGACCUUGAGGAAUGAACACAUGCAAUAUGUCAUCACAUGGUAUGGAUUGUGUGCAGCUACCUCCUACAUGUGGUACGCUAAAUUCAUUAAGCGUAUAGCUUUAUGAAAUAUAUUCAGCACUUUGCCCUUAUGGAAUAUACGCUUUAGAAUUAUAAAGCACUUAUGUUGAACUCAGUACUGUUAAUAAAAACAUGGAUUUGUCUAAAUUAGUUUGAGUGUUUGUGCAUGUGUAUUGCUUUAAUGCAUUACUUGGAUGGAUACAAAGCCUCUAGAGCAGUGGUUUUCAAGGGCCACAGGAUGAAUUAAGUGUUAAAAAAUUAAAUAAAAUGCUAAAAGCAAAAUUAAACUGAAAUCAUAUAUUCCUCUCAAUAUUUUAAUAAACACACAGAAGAGGCCAAAUCAGAAUUUCAUGUCUUAAA